AUGGAGAAGAAAAGAAUAGAUGACUAUGAACCAGGGCCACUUCCUUCACCAAGACAGCUGGAUAGAUUUGGUUUUGUGAAGCAAGAGAUUCAUAAUUCUCAGGAUGGUUUAACCAAGGGAAGGUCAGCUUAUGAAUUUGACAGGGAGGAAAGAAGGGUGAGAAAUUGGAGGAAGAUGAUUGGGGUCGGAGGGAGUGAUUGGAAGCAUUAUGUUCGAAGAAAACCUCAUGUUGUUAAGAGGCGCAUAAGGAAAGGAAUCCCUGACUGUUUAAGGGGUCUUGUUUGGCAGUUGAUUUCUGGAAGUCGAGACCUUUUACUGAUGAACCCUGGGGUUUAUGAGUGGCUUGGUUUGUUUAAAUCUGCCGUGAUCCUUUCUAACCACAAAUCUCAAGUUGUUGAGGUAGACCCACAACUAGUUAUAUAUGAGACAUCGGCAUCGGAGCUGGAUAUAAUUCGUGAUAUUUCUCGGACCUUCCCUUCACAUGUUUUCUUCCAGCAGAGACAUGGUCCUGGUCAGAGGUCCCUCUACAAUGUUUUGAAGGCUUACUCUGUGUAUGAUAGAGAUGUUGGAUAUGUUCAGGGUAUGGGCUUUUUAGCUGGUUUACUGCUCCUUUAUAUGAGCGAAGAGGAUGCAUUUUGGUUGUUGGUUGCAUUGUUGAAAGGAGCGGUCCAUGCUCCAAUGGAGGGAUUAUAUCAGGUGGGUCUACCUCUUGUUCAACAAUAUCUGUCUCUGUUUGACCGCUUGGUGAAGGAGCAUAUGCCAAAACUGGGAGAACAUUUCACCCAAGAAAUGAUAAAUCCUAGCAUGUAUGCAAGUCAGUGGUUUAUAACUGUUUUCUCAUACUCUUUUCCAUUCCACUUGGCUCUUCGAAUUUGGGAUGUGUUCCUGUAUGAGGGUGUUAAAAUUGUUUUCAAAGUGGGUCUGGCUCUGUUAAAAUAUUGCCAUGAUGACUUGGUGAAAUUGCCCUUUGAGAAGCUUAUACAUGCUUUGCGUAAUUUCCCUGAGGACGCAAUGGAUCCAGAUACAUUAUUACCUAUGGCUUACUCCAUCAAGUCAACAGAAGUUUCUUGUGCUAACCAGCUCAUAAAGACGUGGACUCGUAUAGAAUUCUUAUCCUCCUCAAGUUAUCCUUUGGAAUGGAAGCGUGCUGCGAUGGAGGAACGUGUGGGAGUUUUGAGUUCCACUUUUUCAAUGGAUUAG